AUGGUUUCCCCUACACAUAACCAAGAACAGGAACAUUCCGCUUCUGGGGAGGGCGGCGAGCCAGGUCAUGGCCCCGGGCGGGACGACGAUGCACUUAGUUCAGUUCAGGGAACGGUCGGCAGUCAGCACUCGAGGGCAAGAUCAGUAGCAUCCUCGCCAGCGCCGAGUCCACGCCACGGGCACCUGACCCGGGAGCAAGUACGCCGCCAACGAGAGCACGGUCAGGCGUCCCUUAGCUUGGCCGACAUCCAACGAUUGAAUGACGGCAUGUUGCGUGGCUUGACCCCUCCGCCGUGGCCCUCGGAUCUGAUUCCGAACAAGAAGAGGCCACGAACCGUGGAGGAGGUCAUCGAAGACGAUAGGCCACGUGACAAGGACAAGUUGUCUGCGGAGCUUGAUGAACUGGCUGAGUCCAGUCAGAAUAAGAAGAUGAAACUAGUGUCUCGCCCGAAGACGACCGACAAUGACCCUUCCGAGCCAGCUGCCACUAAGAAGUAA